CUGGGUCCAGUCCAGGCCAGCAGGAGAGGACAUGGCAGCCCUACAGGAGAAGAAGUCAUGCAGCCAGCGCAUGGCCGAAUUCCGGCACUACUGUUGGAACUCGGACACUGGGCAGAUGCUGGGUCGCACCCCAGCACGGUGGGUGUGGAUCAGCCUCUACUACGCAGCCUUCUACGUGGUCAUGACGGGGCUCUUCGCCUUGUGCAUCUACGUGCUGAUGCAGACCAUCGACCCCUACACCCCAGAUUACCAAGACCAGUUGAAGUCACCGGGGGUAACCUUGAGACCUGAUGUGUACGGGGACAGAGGGCUGAAGAUUUCCUACAACGUCUCUGAAAACACCUCCUGGGCUGGCCUCACAGACAUCCUCCACAGUUUCUUAGCAGGCUACACCCCAGCAUCCCAGCAGGACAGCAUCAACUGUACCUCCGAAAAGUACUUCUUCCAGGAGACUUUUGCGGCUCCAAACCACACCAAGUUCUCCUGCAAAUUCACUGCAAACAUGCUGCAGAACUGCUCGGGCCUGGUGGACCCCAGCUUCGGCUUCGAGGAGGGAAAGCCCUGCUUCAUUAUUAAAAUGAACAGGAUUGUCAAAUUCCUGCCCAGCAACAACACGGCCCCCCGAGUGGACUGCACCUUCCAGGAGGAUCACCGACAUCCCCAGAAGUACCCUGAGCCCCUGCAGGUUGAGUACUACCCACCCAAUGGUACCUUCAGCCUCCACUACUUCCCCUACUACGGCAAGAAAGCCCAGCCCCAUUACAGUAACCCUCUGGUGGCAGCAAAGCUUCUCAACGUCCCCAAGAACACAGAAGUCCUCAUCGUGUGCAAGAUCCUGGCAGACCACGUGACCUUCGACAAUCCCCACGACCCGUAUGAAGGGAAAGUGGAGUUCAAGCUUACAAUACAGAAGUAGGCAGGAGUGGUCCUCCACACCUACCGACGCCCAGCAGGCCCCUCCCUCUUGACGGCAUACCCUCUGCUGGGCAUCGCGCACAGCCACAUCCAACACAGUUCAGCUGGUGACACCAUCGGUUGACACCAGGACACCAUGCUCCGGCCAGCCCUCCCCUGAACAUCACCAGCUCUAUUAUAUGUAUGUUUUCUUACAUGUCUGCAAUCCGAUUGUAGCUGUGGGGUUACCACAGGAGCCCAGAGUGACCCAUCUGUCGGUGUUACUGCCCAGUGAUCACCUGUCUUUCCUGAGCUUCAAUAUGAACUGAGGGUCCAUAUCAGUGUAACAUUGGUCACCCCGGCAUGACACAUUCCCAAUUUGUGCCUCUGAGACUCCAA